GGCGAGCGGAGUCCGCCACGUCAGCUGACCGGGAUUCCUUAGGUCUUUGCCCUUGUUGUUCUAUGAUGCGACCCCGGCGCGUGUGCGGCGUCCAUCAAAAAACCCCCGCCCGCUCCCCGCCCUCAUUUCUCUCCAACCUCACUCCUCUCCCUUUCUAUUCUUUCGGAAGUCCGAGGGGCAUCGAGGAAUAGAGAAACCCGAGAAACCCUAGCUCUCUUUUUCCCGUUUUCCGCCGAAACUCUAGUCCCAAAUCGGAAGCUCAGCGGUCAUGGCAUCCAGGUUUGGGCUCGCCGGAGGGAUCCCGGAGCGGCGGGUCCGGCCGAUAUGGGACGCCGUCGACUCCCGGCAGUUCAAGACCGCGCACAAGCUCGCCGUCGGUCUCCUUGCCAAGUAUCCUAACUCUCCUUACGCCCUUGCCCUCAAAGCUCUUAUUUUGGAGAAGAUGGGAAAACCUGAUGAAGCACUGAGUGUUUGUUUAAAUGCCAAGGAGCUGUUAUAUUCAGAUAAUGUGGUUCCCGUUGAUGACCUCACUGUCAGCACUUUACAGAUCGUUUUCCAACGGCUUGAUCGCUUGGAUCUGGCUACUUCUUGCUAUGAGCAUGCAUGUGGAAAAUAUCCAAACAACUUAGAAAUGAUGAUGGGUCUUUUCAACUGUUAUGUUCGUGAGUACUCAUUCGUGAAACAACAACAGACAGCCAUUAAAAUGUACAAAAUUGCGGGUGAAGAAAGGUUUUUGCUCUGGGCAGUUUGCAGCAUACAAUUACAGGUAUUAUGCGGUAGUGGGGGUGAGAAACUAUUGUCAUUAGCUGAGGCUUUACUCAAAAAGCACAUAGCUUCACAUAGCUUGCAUGAACCAGAAGCCCUUGUUAUUUAUAUCUCAAUUUUGGAACAACAAGCGAAGUAUGAAGCUGCUUUGGAAGUUCUUUCUGGUAAUUUUGGUUCUCUUAUAGGAAUUGAGGAAGACAAGUUACGCAUGCAGGGUAGACUUCUUGCUCGUGCAUGUAACUAUGCUGCUGCUACUGAGAUCUUCCAGAAAGUCCUACAGUCAUGUCCUGAUGAUUGGGAGUCCUUUCUCCAUUAUUUUGGCUGUUUGCUUGAGGACGAUAUGAACUGGUCCAAAGCAAGCACUACUGAUCAAAUAUGUUCAUCAAGUUCUGUUGAUUUUCAAGCUUGCAAGGCAAAUCAUUUGACUGUGGAAGUGUUUGAUUCACGCAUAUCAAGUGCAUUGUCAUUUGUACGGAAGUUACACAUGGACAUCCAGAAUGAUUGCCUUAGAGGUCCUUACUUGGCAAGUAUUGAAAUUGAAAGACGAUGCCGUCUAAGCGGAAAAGCUGAUGAUGGCAAAUUUAUGGAGGCUUUGCUUAAUUAUUUUCACAGGUUCAGUCACUUGUCUUGCUUCACUUCUGAUGUGGAAAUGUUCAUCUGCAUCUUAUCUGAAACUGAGAAAGCCGAGUUAUUGGAGAAGUUUGUAAAAAUUUUGGAAACUUCAUCAACAUCACCAAUAAAAGCACUGGGUCAGGCUAUAACAGUUUUUAAGAUUCAAGAACUUUUCGGUGUCAUGUUUAAAUUCCCUAUCAGAGAACUUGAAGGUACUGCUAAAAGAAUGGUGGAGAUGUACUGUAAAAACCUCGUACUUUCAAGGGACUUGGAUCCUCAAGAAAACAUGCAUGGAGAAGAACUUUUGCCUAUGGCAAGCAAUGUUCUUGUCCUGCUUUUCUGGCGUACAAAGAAGUUGGGAUACUUGCUGGAAGCAACUAUGGUUUUGGAAUUUGGCCUGAACAUCCGAAGAUAUGUCUGGCAGUACAAGAUGCCUUUGAUGCAUUUAUAUUCUUACAUGGGGGCUCUUCCAUUAGCAUAUGAGUGGUAUGUUACUCUUGAUGUAAAAAAUAUUCUACUGGAGACGGUCUCCCACCACAUCUUGCCCUACAUGUUGAAAUCACCACAUUGGCUGGAAACUGCCAAUCUUAUGAAAGAGUAUCUGAAGUUUAUGGAUGAUCAUUUGAGGGAAGCUGCUGAUCUUACCUUUCUUGCAUAUCGCCAUCGCAAUUAUUCGAAAGUAAUUGAAUUUGUUCAGUUCAAAGAACGCUUGCAACAUUCAUAUCAGCUUUCAAUGGUGAGGCUUGAAGCUUUUAUCCUACAAUUGAAGCAGAAAGCAGAUAAUCUUGAGGAAGUAGAGGGCAUUCUUGAGAAUGCGAACUAUGGUACAUUGCUUGAGCUGUCAAAUGAGGAUAAACUGAAAUUCAUGACAUUCAAUGCGGAUCUCCAGACACGGCCUUGGUGGUCCCCUACUCCUGAUAUAAAUUACCUUUCAGAACCAUUCGAAGAAGGAUCUGCAUGCCUCAGAGAGAAAUUGGUAUGCUUUUUAAUGAUAGUUUUUCAAUUUUCUGUUCCAGAUGCUGUUAUAUAUAAAAUAUCAGCACAAAGUGGCGAGAAGGAACAGAUUGCAAGAAAACAUAUUGAGACAAAGUCUCUUAUUCCUCGAUUAGUUUAUCUGUCAAUCCAGGCCUCUACCUCUUCUCUAAAGGAAAAUAUUGAGCCUAAUGGUUCUGUCUCUGAUGUGAGUUGUUGUGAAAUGAAAUGUCUUCUGGAGAGAUAUGCGAGGAGCAUUGGUCUUCCUUUUGAUGAUGCGAUUGAAGUGAUUCUUGGGAUUACCAGGGGCCAAAAGUCCUUCAAGCCACAGAAGGCACUUGGGUUUUAUGUCAGUACAAAGAUGCUAUUCCUCAGGAAUUGCAAUUGUGAUCUCGAUUCAGACAUUGUCAGCUGGAUUAACUUUGCCAUUUUCAAUGCGUGGAAUUUGUGCUCCCAUCACCCUGGGCUUGUCAAUGAAGAAGGAUGUGGUCUAACAUCAUGGCACAUUGUAAUCUUGGUUAAGAGUUGCACUACUGAGCUCUUGAUGCAGGCACAACCGAUACUAACAAGUCCUGGAAGUAGUCUUCCAGUUCUGGUACAAUUGGUAACAGAAUCCUUUUCUUGGCAUGUUCUAGUAAUCCAGUCCUGUAUAAAAUCAAUGCUUCCACUGGGAAAGAAGAAAAAGAAAGGUGGUGCAGUGGAUCAAAUGAACUCGCCACACUUGCAGGCUAUACGUGAUUCAAUUCAAUGUUUAAGUGAUGCAAUACAAGGAAUCCAAAAAUGUGUAGGCGAUCAAAUCAAGAAGCCCGAGGAUCAAAAUUUGGAUAUUCUAUUGUCUCAUGUGCAAAGGGAGGACUGUGUUGAGGGGCCAGGAUAUGUGCACCAGGCUUUACAAGAGAGUGCAUCGGCAAACAGCUCUGAACUUGGUGACAGGAUAUCUGGAGCUCUACAAUCAUGGAAUUCUGCUCAUGUACUGAGAAAAAUAAUAGCGGCACAAAAUAAAUUGCUAUCACAUUUCAUACUAUGUGGUUCAAAGUUGAAGCUGUUGGAGUCAUUGAAACAGUCACAUAGGGAAGAGAAUUAUGGGGGUACCCUCAAGUGGCUCUAUCAGGAUUUUCUGCAUAUUUUCGGUUCUGUUCUGGUGUUUGGUCGGAGAAGUUCCUGCUAAACGGCUGUUGGUAUUGACCUCCAUGCUCUGUACCUUUACAGUGAGAAGUUUGAUUUCAUUAAUUUAUCGUACAUUUUUUUUGCGAGUGGAUAUGCUCCCAGUUGUAAGGAAUGAGGUCUGUACAAUGAAUAAACCAUAAAUCUUAGGUUUCAUAUAAGAAACUUGCAUUUGCUGACAGCAUCUCUCUCAUGCU